UGAGUGUCGGUAGAUAGCCGUGUGAGCUCUAAGCUGGAAAUUCUCAAGGCGACGCUUCUCACGACUUACAAACACACUUUGACACAAUCCACUGCACCACAUGGCGCCUUCGACCACCAAGAAGCCUGAUCUGCUUGAUACAGCCACCGUUCUGCGGGCCAUCCAUAACGAUCCAGUUGAGAAUCGAGAUGAUCGCAACUCUCAGAUGGACCUGCUCCGAGGACUGGUAAAGGAGAAGCAACCGCAUCUGCAAGGAGAUGAGCUUGAAGAGGCCACAGAUCGGCUUCGGAAGAGGCUCAUGACUAACUACAAAGGAAACGCCAAAUGCACUGUGCCGCCAGCGAGAUGGGGCAAACCGAGGUACUGGACACCGCCGCCCUUCAGUCAGCUAUUUUGCGGUGGCUUCAACGUAUUUCCGGAAACGUACCUGGCAAGACUAGGAAUUGAUUGGAAACCUGCAGAUGACGAAGUCAAAUCCGAUGAGGAACAUAAAGAAGACAAUGGAGAAGAAAUCGGGACUGCCAUGGCGGAAGAUCAAUCCCAGCCCAAUGCCUCCAGCUCCAAACACGUCGAUGAACCAUCAUCUACUCAAGGCUCAACUAUCCAUGUUGGCUCGUCCCAGAAGCGCAAGGUAGACGAAGUUCAGUCGGACGCGGUAGCUCAACUGAGCGACGCACCACGCACGAAGCGUUUGCAGCUACAGGUGACACCUACAUCUGGUGACACUGCAGUCUUGCGCACACAGUCGGAUCCUCCGUUGCUGAGAAACUCCAACAGUACGCAAAACAGAAGACAGCCUGUCAAGAGCCAAGAACCAGCAGCGAUAAGACCAGAUACACAAGCAGCCGGAUGUAAUGCGACAUCCCGCACAGUCAAAAUCACAAUUGGUCAGCGGCAUGGUCCGGCAGGUCGCUCAGAAAAGGAGAGCAGGUCCAUAGAGCAGGAUGCAGUCCAGCGAACAACCCUGCAGCAGCCUAUUGCCAUUCCCGUCGAGAAUGUCAUUGUACCGCAUAAAGACUGGGUAAAAGAUCAAAUGACGAUUAUCGAGGAUAGCAUAUGGGAAGCCGCACUCGCGUAUUCUCAGGCAAAAGGCAAGGACGCUAAGGCAGUGCCGAAGUUUGUUCGCACGCCGGAACCAGAGCUCGAAUUGUUGUACGAGCACGUCUUCGGAACCAAUUGGCAGGUCCGAAUCGGCGACAUAGAAGAUCUUGGCCCACACCUCAAGCAGAUCUAUGUGACCAUGGCACUGUUUGGCGCCGCCAUCCAUACGGCAGUAUUGGCGUCAGAUUCGUCGUGGGACUGUCGCGCGCAACUGGAUGCUGAUCUUGGUGCAUACCGGCGAUAUUUCGAAGCUACUCUGAAGAACCGACUCGCGAAUCCCGAGCGCUUCUUGAAUGAUGUUGCGUGUGUGCAGGCCUCUGAUCGAGAUUACCAGACGAUUGUAGUUGCCAAACAGGCUCGCAUACUCGCCGGCUCUGCUGCGAUGACUAUUCAACCUCAUUUUCGGCAACUGACCCUCCGCACCGCCAUCACUGAGGAAUUCGAAUUCCAGCAUUGGAUCCUGCAUCUCGAAGAAGCAUUCAGUGCCGCGAUCACGCUCAAGCAGAUCAUCACGUCUUCGCAUUUAGGUCCAUUCGAGAUCAGAUGGCCGCGGUCCGGCGAGCCUGUCGAUCCGGGCGCUCAUAGGCUCAGAUACAAGCCUGCUAAUGGAUCGGCGGAAGGUUUUACUACGACAGUAAUGCAUGGUAUGUAACAUCAUUGUCGCAAGGGCAACAUGGCUAAGUAGCAAAGCCUCGUCGG